UGAGUACACGUCUUCUAUGCGGCUGAAGAGAGGCCCAGAUGCUUCAUCAUGGAUCAGCUAACUCCCCACCAGAGCUCAGCUGCAGGUCUGCUGGAGCCGGACAGCGAGGAACUCCAGCUCCGGGUGGACUCCUUCAGGAAGCUGGGUUACUCCUCAGAGGAGGUCCGGUCCGCUCUGAGGAAGCUGGGGCUCAGCACAGACACCAACUCGGUGCUCGGGGAGCUGGUCAGGAUCCGGACCAGCACCGCACCCGGCAGUUCUGACGGAGAGGAGAGGAGAACAGCACUAAAGGACCCUCUGCUGCCUCCCAGCUGGGCUCUUGGAUCCAGAAUCACGAAACAACUGGGGCACCAGAAGAAUACAGAGACAGAAUUGAGGCCUAUUGUCAUUGACGGCAGCAAUGUUGCCAUGAGCCACGGCAACAAGGAAGUGUUCUCCUGCCGAGGCAUCCAGCUGGCAGUGAACUUUUUCCUGGAUAGAGGCCACAGCUCCGUCACCGUCUUUGUUCCCACUUGGCGAAGGGAGCAGCCCAGACCUGAUGCCCCCAUCACAGAUCAACACAUCCUGAUGGAUCUCGAGAGACGUAAAAUAGUGGUCUUCACGCCGUCGCGGCGAGUUGGGGGCAAGCGAGUGGUCUGCUAUGACGACCGCUUCAUCGUGAAGUUGGCGUUCGAGUCGGAGGGAGUGAUCGUAUCCAAUGACACCUACCGUGACCUCCAAGGAGAAAGGCCUGAGUGGAAGAAAUGCAUCGAGGAGAGGCUCCUCAUGUUCUCCUUCGUGAAUGACAAGUUCAUGCCCCCUGAUGACCCUCUGGGUCGCCGUGGCCCCAGUCUUGACAACCUGCUGAGGAAGAAGCCUCUGCCUGUGGAGACGAAGAGACUGCUCUGUCCUUAUGACAAAAAGUGCACUUAUGGCAUCAAGUGCAAGUUUUACCAUCCGGAGCGAGCCAACGGGUCCUACCUCUCUCUGGCUGAUGAGCUGAGAGAGAAAGCCCAGAUCUCUUCUGCAAAAGAAGAGAAAAAUGUCUCAUUAUCACACAGACAGCUGCAGCCGGAAACAGGACCUGCUCGUAAAGCAGCUUCUCAUCCUCGAGACCCGAACACGGAGCUUGUGAGAGACGGGCAAGGCUCCUCAUAUCCAAGUCUAACCAGUGAAAACAAACUGUUGUACUGGGAGGAUCCUAUGAAGAGUUUAAACCAUUUGCCCCGCUCAGGCCAGAGUCAGAAGGAUUGGCCUGGUUUGCACUCUGCGCCAAAUCAUUACUAUACCAACAACUCCCACGAGUACCUGGAUUCAGGCCUCGGCUCUUUCGACAGCCAGUACUCUGAUAACUUGCAUUUCCACAGCAACUCCCACAGCCCCAGGUCCCAGCAGCAGAGUGGCCCCUCCUGCAGGUGCUGUUCUCACACUGGGCCCUCAGCAGCGCACCAGCAACACCACAGGAGCCUGGACUCCCAUUGUCAGCCCAGCUACCCUCACAUGUUCCCACCAGGUGCGCCACAUCAACACAGCCUCCCCAGCCCGCUCCAUUACGGCGGUGCCCCCCAACAUCAGCAGAGUUACUGGUCAGAUCCCUAUCAGGGGCUUCCCCAAGCCAGCACAUCAGGCAGUCUCCCCUCCUCCGUCCCAUCGUCACACUCACACAACUCUCGCUGCUCCUACGACGGCCACGAGUAUCAGUCCUGGGGCCAACAGCAGCCGUCUCCUGCCCAGUUUGACCCUCAGAGGAUGGAGCUCCGCCAGAGACUGCAGGCCAUCUUCAACCCCCAUCAGGUGGAUAAGGUCAUGGAAAUGUUCCCACAUCUGAUGAAUGCAGAGAAACUGGCUGCAGAGAUUCUCAGCUCGACUCAGAAAGGAACAUUCUGAGUCGAGCUCAGACCUGACAUGGUACUUGACCUAAACACUUUCUGGUGUUUCUUUAAAUGAAUGAUUAAAGCUGAAUGCAAAUGUGUUUAGUUCUGCGAAAUGAAAGGAAAAUUUGCCUUAAUAUUUAUAAAGAGUUUAGACAUUCUCAUUUCUUAAAUAUCUCAGUGAGAGCCUCCGACCUGCCUGCGGACUUUCUCCGCCUUGCCCCAAGUAUAAAGUCAGCAAAGUCUCAGAAGGAGACACGUCCUCCGCAGAAAUGUCAAAUGUGACCCUGUAAUCCAUGAUUUGGAUAAAAAAAAAGUGCCUUUAGAGCAAAAAUAGUUAUGACUGAGUUUCCUUAGUUUUGAUUGUUGAUGCAUAUUGUGUCAAAUGUGAUUUAUUUAAAGUUCUCAUGCGACAGGAAAUCACUGAAUAAAGUAUUAGUUAUGCUUUUAUCCGGCUGUUACUCUCCAGGACACUCUGCUGCUCAGUAAUCUCUGUGAGGUGUGUAUUUCCACACACUGUGACCGAUCAUUGUGUUGAUUCAGUUAAUCAAAGGUUCCAGGCUUGCAUAUAGCAUUGACAGUAAACCGUAAUCCAAUAAGGAAACUGAGAAAAAGACUUUGAUGCCGGUGAAAGGAAUUUUUUUGGCGUGUCAUCAGUCGUUUCCUGUAAGUCAGCUUCAUGGAACACUCAUAGAAGACAGUUGCUGCAACACGACACACAUGUUUGGACUAAUGUGUGAUUGAGGAUGUGAUAAAAAAAAAAAAAAAAAAUGUUCUCUUAAUCACGGACUGUGAAAGUACACUGUGAGAUAAACAAUCAUUAUGUAUGUAUACAGGAAAAGAAGAUGUCGCUGUUAAUAAAAAAAUGUGUCAGAUA